AUGGAUUUCCACGUUCAGGCGAUUCAAAACGCAUCUUCUACGAUCGCAAAAAUAGCCCAAAUCCAGGCCCCACGGGCUAAAAAAUCUACCAAACGGCGAUUAUUAAACCUCAAAGAUGAUGGAAUUUUACGUGUUAAAGAUGCAAAUCGAUCUAUUGCUGAGCGACGUGCUAAGGAAGAUGAAAAAGAGGAUAGACGGGUGGCCAAAGAUUUUAAAAAACGCUUUGGAUUUGAACCUUCUCGACCCUCAACAGAUAAAUCACCUAUUGUGUCUUCUACGCCGAUUCUUGGAGAUAAUGGUGAUAUAAUUGCAUAUCAAGAUUCAUUUAGUAUUUAG